AACUUUCCAUAUAUGUUUGUGCUUCUCUCCAUCUUUUUCUCAUAUUUUCUACUCAUAUGCUUCUCCUUUAAAUUCUCCCCCUUCUUAAUUUAAUUAAUUAUCUAGGGUUCUUUUUAGUAAUUGUUUUCUACUCUUUAUGUUCAUUAAAAGAAAAUCAAUUUGAUCUUGUGCAACAUAUAGAGAAAUGGGUGAUUCUUCUUCUCAAUACAUCCACAUGGUGCAACACUUGAUAGAAGAAUGUAUAAUAUUCAAUAUGAGCCAAGAAGAAUGCAUGGAUGCACUAUCCAAACAUGCAAAUAUUCAGCCUAUUAUCACUUCCACAGUGUGGAAGGAAUUGGAGAAAGAAAACAAAGAGUUCUUUGAGGCAUACAACAAGAGGAUGGGAGAAGCAAAAAGAUCAUCAUCUAUACAUGAUGAAUUGGAGAUGUCAAGACAAAGAAUCCAUAGUAUGAUGUUGGAUUCUUCCUCUAUUAAAGAUUCCAUGGACAAACAAUAGCGGCGAAGUCGGAAUUUUAAAAUUCAGGGUGAAUCAGUAUUAUUUUAGCUCAAAUAUGGGUUAACUUAAAAUAAAAACGAUGGAAUAAACACUCAAGUUGGAUUCAAACUCAGGUUUCACGGGUAAAUUCUCUAGCUUGUAUUAAUACUAUUCCUUUGUUUUUCAUGGAUGCACUGUUAAUUAUAUCUUAAUAUCUAUAGAUUUUGCAAAAUACAUAUA